GAAUUGAUGUUGCAAUAUUCCGUGAGCUAUUUGUUCAUCGAAAAAAGAUGACUUUAAAUAUUUUUUGUCAAUGCUCAUCAUUACGUCAACCUCACACGGGCGUUUCGUGAACGUUUGCACUCCGCGAACGUACAUUUGACGCAAACGCGGCGCUCAGACCGCGAACCAUAUCGUUUUUCUAACGUAUAGCACGAACGCUCGUGUGGGUCGACCAGUAAUUGAAUUAGGUUGCUUUUGCUUGCAGUUUUUAUAAUAGGUAGAGUUCAUGUUAAAUGGUUUUCAGUGCUUUAUUCAAUUUACGUUGCAGGUUUUCGUGAGCUGUAACAUGGUAUCCCAAAUGAAAUAUUUUCGAAAAGGACGUAUGUCAACGAAUUAAAUAGGCUUUAAGGCUUUUUAAAUUACGAUGUAACAUUUUUGCUUAAUUUUAGUUUUGGGGUAUAAAACAGCGAAGUCUUUGGUAAAAAUUAUCAGAAGCAGAUCAAGAACCUCCUCGCCGAAAAGAGUUGAGUAACCCCGCUCCUCAGUGAAGAGAGUUGAGCCCUGAGCGACACCAGCCACCGCUUACCAGCCCUGAGUCGACCCCGGCGCUGUGCAAGUGAACACUUCAAGCUAAAACAAGUUCCACUUCUGAGCACUAUGUCCGAUUCAGAAUUUGAAGUUAUUCCGAAGCAGGGAUCUACAAAGAAGACUCCUGCUGCACGCCAAAUGAAGCGUUCGCGAGCCCCUCCGUCGAUUUCGUCGAUUGACCAGGAGAAUACAAAGAAGAAAGCAAAGACACACGACAUCUUCGGGCUAAGUCACGGGCGCACGGUCGGCAAUGAAGGAAGCGACAAGAGGAUCGUAUCGUACUUCGUGAACAAGGUGGCGAACGGGUCAGAGCGGCGUACAACUAGCUUGGAUGGCGAAUACGUGGUGGACUUGAAGAUAUACCAUGCCAACGACGUGAACAACACUGAUUCAAGAGAAGUCUGGCGCAAGGCUCUUCUACGAAUCAAGCUGCAGACUCCGGAUGACAGCGAUGAGUGGAAGUUGUUACAAAAGCUAGUUACACGAAUUGACAAAAACUUUGAAGAUGAACCACGAUUUUACUCUGACAAACAUGUAGAUUGA